AUGGGUGUGUGUCUCCUCCUUGAUUUGGGAGUGGGUGUGUGUCUCCUCCUUGGUUUGGGAGUGGGUGUGUGUCUCCUCCUUGGUUUGGGAGUGGGUGUGUGUCUCCUCCUUGGUUUGGGAGUGGGUGUGUGUCUCCUCCUUGGUUUGGGAGUGGGUGUGUGUCUCCUCCUUGGUUUGGGAGUGGGUGUGUGUCUCCUCCUUGGUUUGGGAGUGGGUGUGUGUCUCCUCCUUGGUUUGGGAGUGGGUGUGUGUCUCCUCCUUGGUUUGGGAGUGGGUGUGUGUCUCCUCCUUGGUUUGGGAGUGGGUGUGCGUCUCCUCCUUGGUUUGGGAGUGGUGUGCGUCUCCUCCUUGGUUUGGGAGUGGGUGUGCGUCUCCUCCUUGGUUUGGGAGUGGGUGUGUGUCUCCUCCUUGAUUUUGGAGUGGGUGUGUGUCUCCUCACUGGUUUGCGAGUGGGGGUGUGUGUCUCCUCACUGGUUUGGGAGUGGGUGUGUGUCUCCUCCUUGGUUUGGGAGUGGGUGUGUGUCUCCUCCUUGGUUUGGAGUGGUGUGUGUCUCCUCCUUGGUUUGGGAGUGGGUGUGUGUCUCCUCCUUGGUUUGGGAGUGGGUGUGUGUCUCCUCCUUGGUUUGGGAGUGGGUGUGUGUCUCCUCCUUGGUUUGGGGAGUGGGUGUGGUGUGUCUCCUCCUUGGUUUGGGAGUGGGUGUGUGUCUCCUCCUUGGUUUGGGAGUGGGUGUGUGUCUCCUCCUUGGUUUUGGGAGUGGGUGUGUGUCUCCUCCUUGGUUUGGGAGUGGGUGUGUGUCUCCUCCUUGGUUUGGGUGGUGUGUGUGGGGUGUGUGUCUCCUCCUUGGUUUGGGAGUGGGUGUGUGUCUCCUCCUUGGUUUUGGGGAGUGGGUGUGUGUCUCCUCCUUGGUUUGGGGUGGGUGUGUGUCUCCUCCUUGGUUUGGGAGUGGGUGUGUGUCUCCUCCUUGGUUUGGGUGGGGUGUGUGUGUCUCCUCCUUGGUUUGGGAGUGGGUGUGUGUCUCCUCCUUGGUUUGGGAGUGGGUGUGUGUCUCCUCCUUGGUUUGGGAGUGGGUGUGUGUCUCCUCCUUGGUUUGGGAGUGGGUGUGUGUCCUCCUGUUGGGUGGGUGUUCUCCUCCUGGUUUGGGAGUGGGUGUGUGUCUCCUCCUUGGUUUGGGAGUGGGUGUGUGUCUCCUCCUUGGUUUGGGUGUCUCUCUGUUUGGGGUGUGUGUCUCCUCCUGGUUUGGGGUGUCUUGGGAGUGGGUGUGUGUCUCCUCCUUGGUUUGGGAGUGGGUGUGUGUCUCCUCCUUGGUUUGGGAGUGGGUGUGUGUCUCCUCCUUGGUUUGGGAGUGGGUGUGUGUCUCCUCACUGGUUUGGGAGUGGGUGUGUGUCUCCUCCUUGGUUUGGGAGUGGGUGUGUGUCUCCUCCUUGGUUUGGGAGUGGGUGUUGUGUCUCCUCACUGGUUUGGGAGUGGGUGUGUGUCUCCUCCUUGGUUUGGGAGUGGGUGUGUGUCUCCUCCUUGGUUUGGGAGUGGGUGUGUGUCUCCUCCUUGGUUUGGGAGUGGGUGUGUGUCUCCUCACUGGUUUGGGAGUGGGUGUGUGUCUCCUCCUUGGUUUGGGAGUGGGUGUGUGUCUCCUCACUGGUUGA